CUCAACAGUGAGCAGAAACAACAAAAGUUAUGAGUGAUCGGAUCUAUGGUUUAGUUGGAACGCAUUAUUGUUCAGAUGAUCGGUUCUCAUCAGCAUCUAAAAUAACACCAUCUUCUGACGAUGAAAACCGACAGCAGCAAAAGAUGGCAGAUCGCUUUCAUAGCGUGAAUGAACUGGAAAAAGAAACAAGCAUCGAAACAUUGACAGAUGAUUUGUGGUUCGAAUUGGACGAUGACGAUUUCGAAUGCCGCCUGACCCCAAGCUCAUCGUUAUAUGAAUCAACUCGUCUUUAUCAGUCCAUGGAUUCUGCUACUGCCAUUCGUACACGUCGUCCACCAAUUGCUCUGCCGCCACCUCCUCCACGUUCCGCUCCACCUCUGAGCGAUAACAGUCACAAGCAUACUAUCGAUGCGGUUUCCGCCACAUCCUUUGCACCGUCAGAAUUAAAUCCAUUGUGCGUUAAUGGUAUUGAGAAAGUUGCGAUCACAACGGGAUGCAAUAAUGCCUUGAUAAGACAAGCCAGUACUGUGGAAGAUCCAUGUUUCCUAGCAAAUGUCGAAUCAAAUCACGCCGCGGCAGUAAGCGCAGAAAUACGAUUACAGCAGUCCUUGUCGACACCGUGUCCGGAUAGCAGUGGUGAUGUUGCUGGUAACGAUGAUCAGCCAUCGACAUCCCGGAAGGUCUCGUUGAUAUUUUCAAGAUAAUUUUUAGCUUAGCAUUUUCC